GGCAAAGCCAUGUGAUUUCCUAAUAUCCAUCAAAUUUAUUUAAGACUUUUUUAAACCCCCAGCAUUUUAUCUUCUAUCAACAACAACAGUGAUGAUGAAGCUACUAGCUAUAACAUAAUCUAGUCUAGUCUAGCUUGUCGUAAGAGAGAUCUAUUCAUAUAUAAAUACCUCAUUGAUUCUUAUUUACAGUUUGACAUAACAAGAGAGAAGAAGAAACAGAGAGGAACUCAAUGGAGGUUUCUUCCUCUUCUAAUUCUCCUUCUACAUCUACUUCUUCAACUUCAACAGAUCCAAACAGGAACACCCAUGAACUACAACAAAUGUCUAAACAAAAGGGUGGUCUUAUCACAUUGCCUUUCAUUAUUGCAAAUGAAGCAUUUGAGAAAGUUGCAAGUUAUGGGUUAUUGCCAAACAUGAUAUUGUAUCUGAUGAAAGAUUAUCAUAUGACAAUUCCAACUGGGACUAGUGUUUUAUCAAUAUGGUCUGGUGUUACUAAUUUUACACCUAUAAUUGGAGCUUUCUUUUCUGAUUCUUACUUGGGAAGGUUUUGGACUAUCACUUUUGGAUCGAUUGCUAGUCUUCUUGGGAUGACUUUACUAUGGUUCACAGCCGUUUUUCCACAAACAAAGCCUCCUCAUUGUGAACUAUUCUCGAAAGAUUGUAGAUCAUCAACAGCAGCUCAGCUCUCUCUUCUAUUCUCGUCGUUCAUACUCAUGUCGAUCGGAGCUGGUGGAAUUAGAGCAUGUUCUAUAUCUUUUGGUGCAGAUCAGUUACACAAGAAGGACAAUCAGAGUUAUGACAGGCUUUUACAGAAUUUUUUCAAUUGGUAUUAUGCUUCUGCUGGAAUUUCUGUCGUCCUUGCGCUUACUGUUAUAGUUUAUAUACAAGACAAAUUUGGCUGGAAAGUGGGAUUCGGAGUUCCUGCGAUUCUUAUGUUCAUAUCUGCUGCAUCAUUCAUUUUCGCUUCUUCCUAUUAUAUCAAAGUCAAUGCGAAUAAAAGCUUAUUCAGUGGAUUUGCUCAUGUUAUUGCCGCUUCAGUGAAAAACAAACAUUUUGUUUUGCCUCCCGAAGAUGAAGACGGAUGUUAUCAUCACUAUAAGGACUCAAUCCUCACCGUGCCUACACAAAAAUUAAGGUUUUUGAACAAGGCAUGCAUGAUUACAGAUCAUGACAAGGACUUGAACCCUAAUGGAUCAGCUUCAAAUCCAUGGAGACUCUGUACAGUUGAUCAAGUUGAGGAGUUCAAAUCUCUGUUGAAAGUUAUGCCAAUUUGGUCAACUGGUAUCAUGUUGGGAGUUGCCUUGAGCCAAAGUACAUUGCCUAUACUCCAAGCAAACAGCAUGGAUAGACAUAUCACCUCAAAAUUUCAAAUUCCAGCAGGAUCAUUCGGUACGUUUGUGGUGAUCAGUCUAGCAAUCUGGGUUGGUAUAUAUGAUCGUUUACUCCUUCCGUUACUUGUAAAGUUCACAGGACGUCCAUAUGGGUUAAGUUUUAAAGAACUUAUGGGGAUUGGAUUAGUAUUUUCGAUCUUAUCACUGGCAACGUCAGCUAUAGUCGAAGGAAUACGUCGAAAAACAGCAAUCCGAGAAGGGUUGUCAGGAAACCCACAAGGUAUUGUACACAUGUCUGCAAUGUGGCUUAUUCCUCAAAACUGCCUUUUGGGUUUAGCUGAAGCUUUCAAUGCAAUAGGGCAGACUGAAUUCUAUUAUUCUGAAUGUCCCAAAAGCAUGGGUAGUAUUGCAACAUCUCUAAAUGGUCUAUGCAGUGCUGUUGGAAGUUUGAUAGUUGGUCUUUUGAUAAACAUUGUUGAUGAUAUUACUAAAAGAGGAGGAAAAAACAGUUGGGUUCCGAAUAAUAUAAACAACGGUCACUACGACUAUUACUAUUGGCUUUUAACUAUACUGAGUUCUAUAAAUUUGGUUUAUUUUCUUGUUUGCUGUUGGGCAUAUGGACCAACUGCAGAAGAAAGACUACUACCAAGCAAAGAAGUUGAAGAAGAAGAAAACCAAGAUGAACUUAAAGAAUUGAAAGAAAAAGAAGAAGAAAGACAAGAGCUUAUCAAGUCUCAGACAUUGCAGAAUAUGAUGAGUUCAGGCUGAUUUUAUCUGUAUAUAUUCUAUCUUUUUCAUUUUCAUUUCGAUUCAAUGUAUUUUUAUGGAUGCAAUACAUACAAAAUAUAUUAUAUAAAGUUAUAGAAUUCAUUUUGGAUA